CCUGCAUAAAAGAUGCCACAGAGAGUGAUCAGAGGAAAACCUAUUCAGGUCUUCAAAAGGAGCACGUCAGUAACAAAGAUAGCACUCUUCACUGGUAAAAAUCAAGAAGUGACAGGAGGACACAGCAAAGCAGAAUCUCUUGAAAAGAUGGUACUGGAAACUCUGAAUCCAAUGCACUACAUCAACAGCCUAAUCCCAGAUACAACGCCAGUGGCCACAGUGCUCAUACUCAUUCUCAUGUGCUUUUUGUUUCUUAUAUGGAAUCAUGAAGAAACUUCAUCAAUACCAGGGCCAGGAUACUGUAUGGGAAUUGGUCCCCUCAUUUCACACGGCAGAUUUCUCUGGAUGGGAGUAGGUAAUGCCUGCAACUACUACAAUAAGACAUACGGAGAAUUUGUGAGAGUUUGGAUCAGCGGUGAAGAAACAUUUAUAAUUAGCAAAUCCUCAAGCGUGUUCCAUGUAAUGAAGCACUGGAAUUAUGUUUCUCGGUUUGGGAGCAAACUUGGAUUACAAUGCAUUGGCAUGUAUGAAAACGGGAUAAUAUUUAAUAACAACCCAGCACACUGGAAAGAAAUUCGACCUUUUUUCACCAGAGCUCUGUCUGGUCCUGGUCUUGUGCGUAUGAUAGCAAUUUGUGUUGAAUCAACAAUUGAUCACCUGGACAAGCUAGAGGAAGUAACCACGGAAUUAGGAAACAUCAAUGUGUUGAAUCUUAUGAGACGGAUCAUGCUUGACACAUCCAACAAACUUUUUCUCGGGAUCCCUUUAGAUGAACAUGCCAUUGUGCUUAAGAUUCAAAACUACUUUGAUGCUUGGCAAGCACUUCUAUUAAAGCCUGACAUCUUUUUUAAGAUGUCUUGGUUGUGCAAGAAAUACGAAGAGGCAGUCAAGGAUCUGAAAGGAGCAAUGGAAAUCUUAAUAGAACAGAAAAGACAAAAGCUUUCCACUGUUGAGAAGUUGGAUGAACACAUGGAUUUUGCAUCUCAACUGAUUUUCGCACAGAACAGAGGGGAUCUGACUGCUGAGAAUGUGAAUCAGUGCGUGCUGGAGAUGAUGAUUGCUGCUCCUGAUACUCUGUCUGUGACUCUCUUCUUUAUGCUAAUAUUGAUUGCAGAGCACCCCACAGUGGAAGAGGAGAUGAUGAGAGAAAUUGAAACUGUUAUGGGUGACAGAGACAUACAGAGUGAUGACAUGCCAAACCUAAAAAUCGUGGAGAACUUUAUUUAUGAGAGCAUGAGAUACCAGCCAGUUGUGGACUUGAUCAUGCGAAAAGCUUUACAAGAUGAUGUAAUUGAUGGCUAUCCUGUGAAAAAGGGGACAAACAUUAUUCUCAAUAUUGGACGUAUGCAUAAGCUUGAAUUCUUCCCAAAGCCGAAUGAGUUUUCUCUCGAAAAUUUUGAGAAAAAUGUUCCUUCACGUUAUUUCCAACCAUUUGGAUUUGGCCCUCGGGGCUGUGUAGGAAAGUUUAUUGCCAUGGUAAUGAUGAAAGCAAUUCUGGUGACUCUUCUGAGACGGUGCAGAGUACAGACAAUGAAAGGAAGAGGUCUUAACAACAUCCAGAAAAGCAAUGACUUAUCCAUGCACCCCAUAGAAAGGCAGCCGCUGCUGGAGAUGGUUUUCACACCAAGAAGAUACACAAACAAGAACCAGAGUGACUAAAAUGAAUCAGCGUUAAAGUUACAGGGCUUUCUCAGCCACAUCCACUAAGAAAUACCCACCAUUCCUAGGCAAAGAUAUAGAGUAAAGCAUCUCAUUGCCCCUUGAUGACUACAAUUCCAGAUGACAACUUGUUCUGCCUGCACAGUUCAGGUCACAACUUCAAUGUAAGAAAGUAAGACUAAAAUUACCAAAUAGUCCUCUUGCCAGAUGAUGCCACACUAUAUACAGGAUUCCUGGCUACUUUUUAAAACCAUCGAGUUCAGACAAAGUUAUGCCUUGCUUUUCAAACAGUGCAAGUUCAGAGAUUCCGGGGUCAACAAAAGAACAUGCCUGACACAUAUCUAAUUCCAGGACUGCAUAUGUCCCCUUUGCUCCCACUUCUCCGAAGCUGGACCUAGUCCUAUUUAGCCACUACAGAAGCUCUAAUUAUCUGGUUUUAAAAACAUCUAAAUGAAUACUAUUAAAGUUGAUUUUAAGUCUAUGAAAGAAUUUAAAACAUCCAGGACAUGUAUGUUAUAAAACAGUGCUUGUACAGAAGACAUUCAAAUGUUUUUCUUCACCAUGUUUUGCUGUCAUACUAAAGAGAUACCAAAGAUUUCAGUGAUGGUAGUUUUCAGAGUGCUAGGUAACAUAACAGUUGAGAUAACUUCUUUAUGUUUUUAAAACCCAGCAUGCUGCUACAGAGGAUCUGUAAAUAUCUUGAUAAAGACCAGCUGAGAAUAAGGUAAUGGACAUGAAACAUUACUGCUUGCAUUACGCUGGGAGGAGUAGGCAACAUCCAGCUUCACCUCAUCUAGUUUAGUGUAGAGAUUUCCCACCUCACCUCAGGUUGGUGAAGAAGUUCAAAUUCUCUCUAAGCUGCCUAAGCAGUACCAAAUCCUGUUCCAAUCUGGGUUUAAUUAUUCAAUUCUAAUUCAAAGACUAAGAUGUGAAGUUGUUGCCCAGGUUCCCACACCACAGCAGAGGAGACUGUCCCUCCCUAAUCACCCGCAGUGCUCUCGUUGCUUCUCCUGGAAGAACACUGGGCAAUAUCUUGCUCUCAAGCAUCUUGCUUCACAUCCACUGAUUUAAAGAGAGUCGGUCGCAUAAGAAGUGAAACACUGACUCAAGAGGCAGACUUUUUUUUUUAAGUUUAAAUGGGCUUCACUCAUCUACUCAAGGUAAGAUGCAAGUUCUAUUGGGUAAAUGCUCAGAAUAUUGCAGUGGCAAAGGAAGAAAGUUCUGAAGUAAGAAGCAGAUGUCUAAAAACCAUUUUUAAACGGGUUUUGCAUACACGUAUUUUUAUUUUAAUUAUAAAUUAGGCUUAGUUUUAUACUUAGUCCUUAACAGCUUUCCUGCCCAAAUUUUCUUGUUGAAAAUGGGUCUGUCUUGAAAUCUAUAGAAUCCUGACAUUCAGAGAUAUCGCUACAAGCUGAAAGACACGUUGAUAGUUUGGUCAAGAAGGUAAAGAAUGUCCUAGCUUAACGACAACAUUUCCUGACAGAGAUUUGCCAUUUUCAAUCAGUUUGAAUUUUCGUACUGUUUAACCGAGAGAAAGGGGUUUUCCAGAUAAAGUGCCUUGAUAAAGCCAAACAAGCAAUGUAAAAUAGGCUUUAUAUUAAACUAUUCCUUCCAAGGCAUUUAAACAAUAAAAAUAAAAAUUAAAAACUCGAGAAGA